UUUACUUUGAAAGUUAUGACCGGAAGCGUGGUGUUUGACGCUCUCUGCCGUGUGACAGGUGUUGUGAGAGGAGCCGUCAUGUCGCUGCAGUUUACAGAUGAGGAGUUUGAGAGCGCGUGGAGGGAGCUGGAUGAGCCGCAGCUGGAGGGAGGAUGGGAGCUCUUCACCGAGACGAUGGGAGUCAAAAUCUACCGGCUCUACGACAAGGAAACUGGACUUUAUGAGUACAAAGUCUUUGGUGUGCUCGCCACCUGUACUCCAGAGCUGUGUGCAGAUGUCUACAUGGACUUGACAUAUCGGAAAGAUUGGGAUAGCUAUGCAAAAGAGCUCUAUGAGAAGGACUUCAAUGGGCAGACUGCAAUCUACUGGGAAGUAAAAUACCCAUUUCCUCUGUCAAACAGAGAUUAUGUGUAUGUAAGGGGGCGGAGAGACCUGGAUGUGGACGGCAGGAAGAUUUGGGUGAUCCUGGCCAGAAGUUCGCCGGAGACGCCGUGUGCAGAGAAGAGCGGCGUGCUGCGGGUCAAAGACUACAAGCAGAGCGUCGCCUUGGAGAGCGAUGGAGCGUGUGGAACUAAAGUUUUCAUGAAUUACUUCGACAACCCCGGUGGCAUGAUUCCUACCUGGCUGGUGAACUGGGCGGCUAAGAGUGGGGUUCCAGGUUUCUUAACAGACAUGCAGAAGGCCUGCAGCAAUUAUAACAGCUACUGCCAGAAGAAAUGAAUGCAACUGACGGGACAAUGGCUCAUGCACAAGGGCUGAAUUCUAUUUUUCUUGUUUUAGUUUUGGGGGGUAUUGUGAUGUUGUAUGAUCAAAUGUGACUUCUGUAUGGGGUGUGUGUGUGUGUGUGUGUGUGUGUGUGUGUGUGUGUGUGUGUGUGUGUGUGUGUGUGUGGCAUGGUGUUGGCUGCUACUUGUUGCCGUAGCAUUCUGUUUACUCAGGCAUGAUGUGCAUGACCAGCCACCCUCAUUAAUAGGCUGGUGUGAAAUCAAUUCUGUUCCACUGCGCUGUAUUAACCAAUAUUGUAUUGUCUUUUCUGUGCAAUCACUGUAAGCUCCAGUCCCUCCAGGAUUUAGGAGCUUUCAUAGAAUAUUUUUGAAGCUUUGUUUAAUGUUUAUACAAAAUCCUCAAAAGUGGUGAAACAAUGAUAAGUUAAAAUUGCAGCUUCUUGCAUAGGAUUUCAUCACUUUACCUUGUUUAAAUUUGUUUACUGUUUACAUUUAAUGUGACAGAUGCAAUAUAAUUGGAUUUAUUGUGUGUUUGGUCACACUGGAAUCUUCCCAUUGUCUGUUUCAAUUCACUGAAAUUCACUCAUUUGUUAUAGUGAAGUGAAAAUGACAAAUCUGUACUUUUAGAGGAAUGCUGCCUGAUAGGCUUCUUGUGAUUCAUUUCUGUGGGUUCUUUACUUAUGCAAUGAUCAUGUUAUGAUACUCGAUACUGAUUUGUUAUGGGUGCAUAUGGUCAAAGAUACAGUUUCUGAGAUAAUACUGUAUUGAUUUAGGCUGUUGAUACAGGUGAAUAUGGUUUAAUCUGGUCACAAAAAGCCUAUUACUGUGUAAUACCGCUUUGUUAUUGAAAUUAAUAAACUUUUAUUUGAAAUUUA